AUGAUGCGCGAAAUCCUGCUAAUAACCCUAUUGGUCGGCAGUUUGUACGCUUUCCGAACGCAGUCGACCGCAGUCAAGGGGAAACUUAUGUGUGGCAACAGGCCGGCCGAAGGAAUCCACGUUAAGCUUUUCGAUGAAGAUGACGGUUCCUCUUAAAUUCUAAAAAAUGAUUUUCAAAAGAUUAGUAGGACCUGAUCCGGACGAUAUUUUGGAUCAAAUGUUGACCAGAGAAGAUGGGACGUUCUCUCUUUCUGGCUCUUCUAUGGAACUCACCCCGAUUGAUCCGGAAAUUCGGAUCUACCACGACUGCAAUGAUCAUGGAAAGGUGAUUAUCAGAGUUUUUAUCCGAUGAGCCUGCAACAGGAAUCAUCUGUAUAAACGGAUACUGCAGAAUUCAAAAAGAUAUCGUUCUUCAAAUUUGUUUUUAUCUCGAAAUUUGGCACUUUUCCAAAGUUUUCUGAUUUCUUCUCAUUAAUUUCAAAAUUACAGCCCUGCCAACGUGAAUGGGUGAUCAGAAUACCUAACAAGUACAUCACUUCUGGCCCAUCUGCAAUUCAAGUUAUGGACCUCGGUAACAUGAAUCUGGAGGUACAAUAAACUCCUGUAUUUUUAUUAAUUUCAGGAAAAAUUUCAGGUUGAACUCGACAAUGAAGGGCGCAGCUGCAUUCAUUAA